CGAUACAUGAGAUUUUCUAUUUUCACCACUUUCUCGCAUCUUCCUUUUCCGCUACCACUUCCCCGUGGUUGGACGUGUUGUAAUUGCUCCUCCUCAAAAUGGUUGGAAAGAAGAAGAAGGGAGCCCUCACCAAGAAGGGAAAGAAGGUGGCAGCAAACCCACUGUCGACCAAGAAGGUUGAGGCCAAGAAGACUGUCAACCCCCUGUUUGAGAAGAGGCCGCGCAACUUCCGCAUUGGUGGCGACAUCCAGCCGCGCCGCGAUCUGACGCACUUUGUGCGCUGGCCGCGCUACAUUCGUCUGCAGCGCCAGAAGGCCGUGCUGCAGACCCGUCUGCGCAUCCCGCCGCCCAUCAAUCAGUUCCGCCAGACCCUGGACAAGCAGACAGCCACCCAGCUGUUCAAGCUUCUGGACAAGUACCGUCCCGAGUCGCGCCAGUCCAAGAAGGAGCGCCUGCGUGAGCGUGCCAAGGCUCGCGCUGACGGCAAGGAGGAUGAGCCCACCAAGCGUCCGCCGACCGUGCGCCAGGGAGUCUGCACUGUCACCAACCUGGUAGAGCAGAAGAAGGCUCAGCUGGUGGUGAUCGCCCACGACGUGGACCCGCUGGAGAUCGUGCUGUUCCUGCCGGCCCUCUGCCGCAAGAUGGGCGUGCCCUACUGCAUCGUCAAGAGCAAGGCUCGUCUGGGACAAGUGGUGCGUCGCAAGACCUGUGCCGCCCUCUGCGUCGCCCAGGUGGACUCUUCUGACCGCAACGCGCUCAGUAAGCUGGUGGAGGCGGUCCGGACCAACUACAAUGACCGCUUUGAUGAGAUCCGGCGCCACUGGGGCGGCGGAUCCCUGGGCCCCAAGUCGCGCGCGCGCAUCGCCAAGAUCGAGAAAGCCAAGGCGGCCGAGCUGCAGACCAAGGUCUAAAUGCAAACAAUACAUGUCAUCGUUUGGAA